AUGGAUGCCACUGCCAAUGAAUAUGCCACUUCUCCCACCAGCUCCUCGACUACGCUCGACCCCAUCGCCAUCGCGGCCAGAGGCAGUGAAAUCAAAGGUCUCGACAUCUAUCAAAAGACAACAGACGAUUUCGAUACACCCAGAGUAGAAGAGCUCAUGUCCCAAAUGUACGCCGACCAACCCAGCGGAGGCACAGACAUGACCUACGGAAAGACAGACACCCAGCGUCUCCGCUUUUGGAAUGCCAACUCAACCACAGCAUCUAAAUCAUCUAAAGCCCCGGUCAUCGUCUUCGUUCAUGGAGGUAGUUGGCGAUCUGGAACGUAUAUCGAUUCGAUCGGGUCCACGAAAGUUGGCCAUCUGACUGAGAAAGGCUAUGCGUUCGCGAGUGUCAACUAUACACUCAUCCCCACCGUGACGGUAGAAGAACAAGUACAAGAGAUAGCCGAUUCGAUCAGCUAUCUAGUUGCGCACGCAGCCAGACUAGCCAUUGACCCGGAGCGAGUCAUCCUCAUGGGUCACAGUUCCGGCGCACACGUCGUCACUCUACUAGGAACAGACACAAGCUACCUCCAGCGAGCGGGAACCAGCAUCUCCAUCGUGAAAGCCGUCAUCGGCCUAGACGGUUCAAACUACAACGCCGCCGCAGAAAUCAUCGAUAACCCCGGACAAAUCGCAGAGCACAUGAUAUCUGCUUUUGGUACGGAUCUGGAUCGGCUACGUGCCGUGUCGCCGACCUAUCAUGCCCGCGCGCCUAAUGCCCGUGCGUUCUUGCUUCUGCAUACUCAUAGACAUGGAGAUAUUCGACAGGCAGUUGAGUUGGUUGCGGCGUUGGAGGCUGCGGGUACUAAUGCCGUCGUGCAUGUUUUUGAGGGUCAGGGGUUUGAGGGCCAUAUUCAGAUACUGCUUCGGCUGGGCGAUCCGAGGUAUCCUGCGACGGUGGUGAUGGAUCACUGGCUUGAGAUGAAUGUCCCGGUGAAUUGA